GAUUUUGCACAUGCGCACUGACGGGGCAACUGGAGAACAUUUUUUAGACCCCGUUUAGAUUUAACGGCAGAAAACAAAUUUAUUUGAUUUAUAUAAUGUUAAUCCUUUGUCAGAGUCGAACGCUUGCUUUGUCUGUAAAUUAUUAGCCAUUUGGAUUGCACAAGCUGAUUUGCAAACACCACUAGAACAAAUAGCAAUCUGUAUGGAAAACCUUCAUUUACUCUAUUCUCUUAUCUAUAUUAUUAUGUAAAACUAUGGAGCCAAAGCACAGAGAACUUCUCCGAGCGCAACGAAUGCAGCUUUGCGAGCAGCUUGUGGUAGAUGACACGAUAGUUCAGUAUUUAUAUCAGGAGGACAUUUUAACUGAAGGUCAAGUGGAGGAAAUUCAGUCACAAAAGUCUAACAAAAACAAGACGUUAAUGCUACUCAGGAUUCUCCCAGACCGAGGCCCCAGUGCUUUUAAAUUGUUUGUGCAAUCCCUGGAACAGGAUUUUCCCUGGAUUAAAGAGAAACUGCUGCUUUUAGCUCAGGGUGAAGAUGAUGAUGGAGGAGGAGGAGCAGAACCAUGCACUACCGCUCAGUGGCCCAUUUCUGAUCAGAUCCUCCAAACAGUUCCAUCUGAUCAGCACCUGAACAGGCUGGCAGCUCAGCUCGGCUCGGAGUGGGAGUUGGUGAUGCUGGACUUGGGCUUGACGUGGGCAGAUAUUUCCCGCUGCCGUACAGAUCAUCCACACAGCAGUCACAAUCAGGUGCUAGAAGCCCUGAUGAUGUGGAAGCAGACUCAGGGUAGAAGAGCCACAGUGCAGCGUCUGCUCCAGAGCCUACAGAAUUCAGAAAUUCAUCCUUAUUCCCUCAAACAAUUGUUUUAUUGAGGCUGCUCAAUAAAGUGGAAACUACCACAUCCAACAAUGCUGUAUGUUUUAUGUGUAGUAUAUUUCAUUUGAUUGUUGUCGUUCUUUUGCUACUUUUUAAUUUUGUCUGACAGGUUGCUCAUAUAUACCAUAAAUUGAAAAUAUAUCUAGCUGAACUUUACAUAUUUUUAAAGAUUUUAUCUUUGUUUGA